AUGAAUCACGCAAGCAUAAUUAGAAGGGACUGUGGGCGAGUACUGAGCAGUCAAUCGCCUCGAAAAGGUCUCAGGCUAGGCACGUACAUCCGCAUAAAAAGAUCACUAGCGACUUCUUCUUCUCUAGUAAUGCCCAAUAACCAAGCGGAGCCAAGCACGACAUGGCAAGACCGGUCCAUCGCCAUGGAGGGUACACUUAACAUGCGCGAUCUCGGAAGCCUUCGAACGAAUGACGGUCGAUACAUCGUCAGGAACCGCCUCUUUCGAAGUGCGAACCUCGCUCAGAUCACCAAUAGCGAUAUGGAGACACUAGCGCGACUCGGUAUAAAGACAGUCGUGGAUUUACGCGGCCCAAAGGAAGCUCUCGACCAUCCCGAUCGGGUACCUGCUGGAACAACAAUCAUCCCAAGUCCAAUCAUCGGAAGCGAUACUGGCGAUGCGAUCGAUGAUACGACUAUCCGAGCGCUUGUUCUCGAUGCUGGCCUCCCAGAAACCAUGCUAAAUGUCGCCAAAGUCAGUCAAUAUGGACCUUAUUAUCGCAUGCUCUUUCUCGUUAACAGUUAUGGCACGGAAAUUCAUACAUCCAAAUUGACAAAAUACAGCCUUUUCUUUCGCUCCCUCCUUGAUCUGGCUCCGAACGAAAGUCUCUUAGUUCAUUGUACUGGAGGCCGUGACCGCACUGGCAUGGGUAUAGCAUUAUUGCUCAAAGCCCUUGGGGUUUUCCAGAAAGACAUCGAGGCCGACUUUGUGGCUUCGAAUCAUGCUCUCCAGCCUGAUCGCGAGGACCCAAACUCGACAGCCUUCCUUCAAUCUCAUUCCGCCAACGUAUUCCUGCAGCCACCAGCGAACAAAUACUAUCAGCAGGUUGCAAAAGAGCUUGGAGCAUCCCCAGAAAGCAUCAGGAAUGCCGUCAAACUAAAGGCCGACCUACUCAGACGUACUUUCGCGUCAAUAGAUGCUCGAUAUGGAUCUUUUUUGUGGUUCCUUGAGAGCCAGUUAGGAGUAGGCCCGGAGGAAUUGAAUAUCUUGAGACCGAAACUUCUGACUGAGAUCAAAUGA